GAGACAGUGCUUCAGUCAUGCAGUGCCUAUUAGUUCCAUGACUGCAACAACCGCGGGAGCUUGGGAGUAUCUUAGCCGCAGUGUGAGGCUUGUGGUUCCUGUUGUCCAGUCUGUCCCGGGAGCGCUAUGGAGAGGGCCCCGGAGCAAGAAACUGUGGCGCCGGGCCCGAGUCCGGAGGUCUCCUCUAGCUCGACCUCUACCUCUGGCUCGCGUUUGCCGGGGGGCAUCGGCUCUGCAGAAGCCCGGGCGGCCCUGGGCGCCAUCGGGCGGCGACUGCUGUGGCUGCUCCCGGUGUAUCUGGCGGGUCGGGCGGGGCUCAGCCUGGGCUUCGUGGUGGCCGGCGUGGCCCUUUACAUGGGGUGGCGGGGCCGGCGGCUGAGCAAAGAACGAUCGCUGCGGGAGGCUGGAUUGUUUUUGGGUAACGAAGAGGCUGCGGUGAGCGCCACCCGACUGGGCCGAAGUCUGGGUCAGAGCGAGCUGCCCGCCUGGGUCAGUUUCCCAGAUGUUGAAAAAGCUGAAUGGCUCAACAAGAUUCUGGCCCAGGCUUGGCCCUUCUUUGGCCAGUACAUGGAGAAGAUGCUUGUGGAGAACAUUGCUCCAAGCAUUCGGGCCUCCAACACCCAUUUACAGACCUUCACUUUCACCAAGGUUGACAUGGGAGAGAAGCCCCUCAAGGUCAUUGGAGUUAAGGUUCACACUGGCGUGAACAAGAAGCAAAUCUUGCUGGACCUAAACCUUAGCUAUGUGGGUGAUGUCCAGAUUGAUGUGGAAGUGAAGAAAUUUUUCUGUAAGGCUGGGGUGAAAGGCAUGCAGCUACAUGGCAUGUUGCGGGUCAUCCUGGAGCCUCUCAUUGGGGAUGUCCCGAUUGUCGGGGCGCUCACCAUGUUCUUCAUCCGCCGUCCAACUCUGGACAUUAACUGGACUGGAAUGACCAACCUCUUAGACAUUCCUGGACUGAGUUCAAUGUCUGACACAAUGAUUAUGGACUCCAUUGCCUCUUUCUUGGUUCUCCCCAACCGCCUGCUCAUUCCACUGGUCUCUGAUCUCCAUGAAGCAGCUCAGCUCCGCUCCCCUAUUCCCAGGGGUGUUGUCCGUGUCUAUCUGAUGGAGGCCAAGGACCUGCAGUCCAAGGAUAAGUACAUCAAAGGGAUGAUUGAGGGCAAGUCAGACCCAUAUGCCAUUGUGCGUGUGGGAACCCAGGUCUUCACCAGCAAAGUCAUUGAUGAAGACCUCAACCCCAAAUGGAAUGAGAUGUAUGAGUUCAUUGUACACGAGGUUCCAGGGCAGGAACUGGAGGUGGAGCUGUUUGACAAGGACCCUGAUCAGGAUGACUUCUUGGGCAGGAUGAAACUGGACUUUGGGGAGGUGUUCAAGGCUCGUGUGCUGGAGGAGUGGUUCCCAUUGCAAGACGGUGGCCGGGCUCGUGUGCACCUGCGCCUGGAGUGGCAUACGCUUAUGUCAGAUGGCUCCAAGCUGGAACAAGUUCUCCAUUGGAACAAAACUAUCUCCUCCAAACCAGAGCCGCCGUCAGCAGCCAUCUUGGUUGUCUAUCUUGAUAGGGCACAAGAACUGCCGCUGAAGAAGUCCAGUAAGGAGCCCAACCCCAUGGUACAACUCUCCAUCCAAGAUGUCACCCGUGAGAGCAGGGUUGUGUAUAGCACUGUCUCCCCUGUCUGGGAUGAUGCCUUCCGUUUCUUCCUGCAAGACCCAACCACCGAGGAUAUUGAUAUACAGGUCAAAGACGACAACCGUCAGACCACCCUGGGCUCCCUCACGAUUCACCUGUCCCGCCUUUUGAGUGCUGACAAUCUGACUCUUGACCAGUGGUUCCAGCUGGAGAACUCUGGACUUAACAGCCGCAUCUACAUGAAACUCGUGAUGCGGAUCUUGUAUCUGGAUGCCCCAGAGGUUUGCUUCAACACCCGGCCAUGUCCUCCAGGACAUCUGAAUGUCACUGAGGGUGCUCACAUUGGAAGCAGUGUUGACAAGUCUCCUCGGCCUAUCAAGGCCAGCCCAGAUGCUGAAUUUGGCACUGAGAGUGUGAUUCGCAUUCAUCUGCUGGAAGCUGAGAAUCUCAUUGCCAAGGAUAACUUCAUGGGUGGGAUGAUCAAGGGCAAAUCAGAUCCUUAUGUUAAAGUACGCUUGGGGGGCCAGAAGUUCCGCAGCCGCGUCAUCAAAGAGGAGCUCAACCCCCACUGGAGUGAAAUCUAUGAGGUCGUUGUGAAUAAUGUUCCUGGGCAAGAGGUGGAGUUCGACUUAUAUGACAAAGAUGUUGACAAGGAUGACUUCCUGGGAAGGUGUAGGAUCCCUCUGAGACGAGUGCUAAGCAGCAAGUUUGUUGUUGAGUGGCUCCCCCUAGAGGAUGUGAAAUCAGGACGGCUCCAUGUGAAGCUGGAGUGCCUGCCCCCCACGCCCAGUGCUGCUGAACUGGAGCAGGUAUUGAUGGUGAACAGCUUGAUCCAGACACCAAAGAGUGACGAACUGUCAUCUGCUCUGCUGUCUGUCUUCGUUGACAGGGCAGCUGAUGUGCCGCUGCGGAAGGGUUCAAAACCCCCAAGUCCUUAUGUCAGUCUCUCUGUUCGUGGUGUCUCCUACAAGACCAAGGUCUCUUCUCAGACUGUGGAGCCAGUGUGGGAUGAAGCUUUCUCCUUCCUUAUCAAGAGACCCCAUACAGAAUCUUUAGAGUUGCAGGUGAAGGAUGAUGGGCGUAUCCUGGGUAGCCUGUCCCUCCCACUUUCACAGCUGCUGGCAGCAGAGGGGCUUGUCCUUGACCGUUGGUUCCAACUCGGCAAUUCUGGGCCUGCCAUCCAGGUCCUGAUGCGAGUCCAACUUGGGAUUCUGAUCUCUCAGCACUCUGGGGUGGAGGCUCUUCGUACUGUGACAGGUGAAGAGAAUGAGGAGGGCUCCCAGAAGGGAUCAGAGACAGAGCUGUAUAUCAGGGAGGAUGGAGACUCUGGUUCCACACAAGAGCUGCGCCAGCGCCUGCCACAUGCCAACAGUAACUUGGAGCUGUCAAACUCACCGCUGGGUCAGCUGAGCCUCACUGUCUGGUACAACAUGGAUGCACGCAAACUGGUUGUCAUUGUACAUGCCUGCAGAAACCUUAAGUCAGGUACCAGGGAUACACCGGACCCCUAUGUCUCCCUGAUCCUACUGCCUGACAAGUCCCGUGUCACCAAGAGAAAGACUACGGUGCGGAAGAAGACUCAUAAUCCUGAGUUCAAUGAGAAGUUUGAAUGGGAUGUGCCGCUGGAAGAAGCCCACCGGAGGAAGCUAGAGGCCUACAUCAAAAACAGUGUCUCUUUCAUGUCCAGAGGAGAGCCGAUAGGAAAGGUACACAUUGACCUCUCACAGAAGGACCUGUCUCAAGGUGCUCCCCAGUGGUAUGAUUUAAAAGAUGACAAAACCAGCUCCUAAUCUCCACAGUGCCUCCUUUCCUCGACACUUCACUAUCCAGGGAGUUGAAGAGCGGGCAUUAACAUUACCACUGCUGCUACCUUUCGCCGCAGGAUUCCAAGCUCACCCCUGCUGGACAGGCUUUGCAGUGUUUUUGGGUUUUUAUGCAAUCAUAAUGUUGUGUUUUUUAGAAUCUUCUUUUUUACCGUGAAGCUGGUACAGGCAGAGAAGUGACACCUGGGGUGGGUUUUUGAGACGGUGGGGGAUUCGCACCCUGCAUUCUCCCUGCGUGCUUCUCUCAACACUGCACACUGCAUGCUGCCUUUUUAUUGACCAAAGAAGAAGUGGACCUUUUAUCUGUCUGAGGAUGAAGUUGCUUACAGGCUUACAGAUGUCAUGUAGGCUGACGCUUCCAGCAGCAACUGGAGAAGAAGCUAAAAAGUGCCAGGAGCAAACUGAGCCUGGGCCAGGGUGUUAGCUAGAAAGGUACAAGGAGACCACCAUGGAGGAACCAGAUAUUUUCCCAUAACAAAAGUGGGCAAAUAACCUCCUUUGGCCUCACAUUUACAAGGGCCGCGUCCCCAAAGAGAGCCAUCUACCAUCUUGUAUCUAGAAAGGGAGCAUUAUGCGAUCCUUGCUGCAGGGAUUGUUCGGCUGGAAAAGUGUUUGGAAUUCUGUUGUAGUUCUCCUGCUAAUACAGUUUUCAAAUGGCAUCUGGUUAUUUUGACUGAAAGGAUUAAAAAGCAGAGGGGAGGGGGUGCAGUGGCCCAACAAUUUUUAUUUGCAUUUUUUAUCAUUUUUUCCCCAUUGUGGGGAUGCCAUGACUUUGACCUCUAUGCAUUUAGCUGAUGUCCCCAAUUGGCAUAGCUUUCCUGAUUCCAAUUUUGUGCAAAGCCAUACUCCUGGCAGUAGUUUAUUCUAACCUUGCCAAACAUAACCUGCUCUUUUGGAUUCUGUCUCCUUUUAAACUGAAUCAGUUUGCUUUGGCUUCUUGUCCCACUCCACAUUGUGCUGCUAAUCCAAAUGGACAGACAACUUUCUUGCUGUAUUGUUAUUUGUGCCACUCGCAUUGCUGUUUUUAAAAAUGAAUGUUUGGUGCCUUCUUGCACUCCAGUCCUGGACCUGGUGUGUGGAGUGAAAAACCUCCCUCUCCCCACCCCUCCUGCACCAAGUUCUAAGGCUGUGUGUAUUCUGUAGCAAGGAAAUGCAAAUUCCAUGCUCCAAUUCAGAUUUACAGAUAUGCAGAAUUUAUCUACCUGUACACAAACUUGCAAUAUUUGCAUUUUGAAUGACUUUGAAUAUAUAUUUGGAAGGUAGGAAGGAUAAUAAACAAGAAGCCUCUGGGGAGAGGAGAUUUGCUUCAAGAAGCAAAAGAUCUCGGAAGUAUAUCUCUUAACAUAUACUGCAUGCAUGAUUCCUCUGCUAGUAUGAAAAACUUCAGUGCUGAGCUUUUAGGACUUUUCCACACGUAAAAAUGAAAGGGCCCUUAAAUCCUUCUCCAUUUUUUCAGAGUGAUAAAUCACUGCUUGUUAAUUUCAGUGCUAUCCCACUGUAGCAGGUGGGGGAAUGGGGUUAAUCUCUGUUUUUUAAAAAUAGGCCCCAAUGGCAAGGGCUCCAUUUAUUCUUUGCCCUUCCCUCAUCCGCAGGCUAUUCUCCAUUGUGCUGGGGGUGGAGGUGCCUUCCAGAGGGCAUGUGGGCUGCACAGACUUAUCAUGGGUGUUAUCCAGCAGCUGCACUGGAUGGGUUUUUGUUGUUGUUGCUUUUGUGGAGGUUUGUUUGUGGUGUUGCUAUGAGGAAGAAUAGAGCUGCUUUAGUGCUUAAAAGAAAAAUCCAUAUGGAUAAGCCCACAGGAAGCUAAAUCCUGAUAGAUGCCUCACAGCAGCUAGAUAUCGUCCACCUUUCCAAAUCUUGUAAUCUGGGGCAGGUGAGCAGGAUCAUGGUGGUAGAUCAGCCAGGAAGUAGAACAUGCUUCUAGUCUCUCCAAAACAGGGAGGGAGGGGGAGGAUUUCUUUGCUGCAUUUAUUUCACUGUCGAGCAAUCUUGCUUCUGAGCUGACCCUUUUCCUCCCUUUCCCCUCAUCACACUCACUGCUGGAGCCACAACAUGGAACUCUUGAUUCCUAGCCCCAAGUCCUUCUCUGCUCACUUGCACUUGCUCUCUUGUCUUUGAAGAAGCCGAAACAGUUAACUGUGGUCUAUUUAUACAGGGGGCGUUUGGUGUGUGUGUGUGUUUUUUUAAUUGCUUAUUUCUACUUGUAUGACCGUAGCGAAUAUGUUUGACACAGCAAAACCACCUCCUCAUUGAAUCUGGCUCUACUCCCCCAAGAGCAUGUUGACAGAUUGCAGGGGGAGGACAAGGACUGAGUGUGCCUAUAAGGAGCUCAAUCACUUGCUGCCUUCCAUACCAAAUCAAAGCUCCCAAAAGCACGGCUUUACUGCAAGAGUGUUUUUGGCACCUGUGCCUCUCACAGCAGCCACUGUAAUUUGUUGCAGCCAAUAAAGAGAGGAAAAUGUAA